AUGGACGCGGCGGCGGCGGCGGCGUGUGACUACUGCCGUGGCCAGCGGGCGGUGGUCUACUGCUCGCCGGACUCAGCUCGUCUAUGUCUAUCAUGUGACGUCCAUGUCCACUCAGCCAAUGCGCUCGCCAGCCGCCAUGUCCGUUCCCUCAUCUGUGACCGUUGUCUAGUCCAACCAGCCAUCACUUGGUGCAUGGAUGAGGGUGCAAUCCUCUGCCAUGACUGUGAUUGUUGUGCCUUUUCCUUUGCUUGCUCUUCACUUCUUCAUCGCCGGCAACCUGUUGGUUGUUAUUCUGGUUGUCCUUCAAGUUCUGAUCUUUUGAGCUUAUGGUCCUCUGUUCUUAAUGUCAAUCAUUUGACCAAUGCUCCAUUCCAGUUUCACUGUUCUUCUGAUGAUGUCUGUGGUUUGUAUCCUUUUCAAGAUGCAAGUUUGGAUUUUGCUGCUGAUAAUCUUGUUGAGGGUGUGCUUGAUAAUUCUGAUCAAGGAAUGAUGAUUAAUGGUAAUGGUAUUCAGCAUGUUGGUUCUAUUUCGAUAUCGAAUCAUACCGGUGAAAGUAGUGCUGUUGAUUAUCAAGACUGUGGUGUUUCACCAAUGCUUCUCAACAAUGAAUCAUCAACUCUUGAUGCUAAUUAUCCACAAGCAAGGACUGAAGCAAAGAUGAGAUACAAUCAGAAAAAGAAAAGCAGAAAGUUUGGAAAAAAUUUGAAGUAUGGAACUCGAAAAGUUAAAUCAGAGAAAAUGAAGACAUGAAUCAAGAUGGAUUUGUGAAGUCUGGUGAUGAGAAUUGUAGUUUUGAUGCUUGAAGAGAAUUGCAUGCAAAGGCAAGCAGAAUAAUUUUAAGAGGAAUUGAAGCAAUUUCAAUUUGAAUAAAUUUUAUUUGCAGAUGCUGAUUAAUUUUGCUGACUUUGUUUUUGA